AUGGUGGACGGUUUGAUUGAACUCAUUUUUAACCUUACUUUAUGGACAUUUCAAGGCAUAUGUAUCAUAUUUGAAGCCAAAGAAAAAACCAAAUCACACCAAGAGUCAUCAAGUCGUGAUCGAUCUAAAAAGUCAUUGUCCCAAUUAUCACCGAUUAGUUCAUAUCCACGAGCAGUACUCAUUGCAUCGAGUUCAAUUAAGUUUGGUAAUGAUUGUGAACGUCUUGUUAAUAUAGCAUUUCAAACGAGUCAAUUAUUUCCUACUUUAAUGGGUACAUAUGCUGAUGUCAAUCAAUACUUAUGUAAAGAACUUAAAAAACAAUAUCCUGAUGAAUAUUUUCAUAUUAUUAUUGAAAUUGAACAAGAUCGAUAUCGAGUAUUGAUAUAUGCAACUAAACGAUAUUCGCACAUCAAAUUUGAUACACAUGAUGCUAAUAGCCAAGCGUCAUUUGUAUGGAAUUAA